ACUGCAGAAACUAAUUUUUUUAUGACGAAAAUAGCCCUGUGUGAAUAUCAAAACUCCAAAAAGGACACCACUGUUUAUUUCCUUUUUAAGGCGGUGGUUUCAGUUUCAGUUUCAGUUUGUGAUUUCAUCAUCAUUUCAUUUCGUGCUCCUUACAAUCAAAAAACACACACACACACACACACACACAGUAGAGGUGGGGGAGGAUAGAUACAUAUAUAGAUACCAAAGCAAGGGUUUUCAGUUUCAGGGUUUUCUUGAGAAGUUUGAUUCAUCCAAGGGGGGUGUUGGGGGGUGGGGUAGUUACCAAGUUAUGCGUGCAGGAGCUUGCGCGGCGCAACAGACGCUCUCGGCGGAGGCCGCCUCCGUGCUGAAGCACUCACUCAGCCUGUCACGGCGGCGGGGCCACGCCCAGGUCACGCCUCUGCAUGUCGCCGCCACCUUGCUGAGCUCAAGGGCCAGCCUCCUCCGCCGCGCCUGCCUCAAAUCCCAGCCGCACCACCACCAGCCUUCCCACCCACUCCAGUGCCGAGCCCUCGAGCUCUGCUUCAACGUCGCCCUCAACCGCCUCCCCGCCACCCCCGCCCCACUCCUCCACGCGCAGCCGUCGCUUUCCAACGCGCUCGUCGCCGCCCUCAAACGCGCCCAGGCCCACCAGCGCCGCGGCUGCGUCGAACAGCAGCACCACCACCAGAACCAAAACCAGCCGCCGCUAGUAACCAUCAAAGUCGAACUCGAGCAGCUCAUCUUAUCCAUAUUAGAUGACCCCAGCGUAAGUAGGGUUAUGAGGGAGGCCGGAUUCUCCAGCACCGCCGUCAAGAACAACCUCGAAGAUUCCAACUCCUCCUCCGUCUUCCAGUGCUACAACACCUCCGGCGGCAUUUUCUCCACCCCAAACUCCCCUCCUCCCGAAACCCACAGGGAAAACCCUACCACCUUCCAUCACUACUCCCAUCUGCUAUCCUACGCCGCCGCCGCCGCCGCCGACAAGAACCCUUUCCUCUUCUCCGCCGCCGCAACAACUUCUUCCUCCUCCUUCAAACAAGACAUCAAAACCGUCCUCGACGUUCUUCUCAGAAAGAACAGCAGAAGAAAAAACACAGUCAUCGUCGGAGAUUCCCUAUCCACGGCGGAAGCCCUAGUCUCCGAGCUCACUGCCAUGGUGGACAAAGGUGAAGUACCCGACGAGCUGAAAUCGGCCCACGUCAUCAAAUUCCAAUUCUCUUCAGUCCCACUCAGAUUCAUGAAACGAGAAGAAGUGGAGAUGAACAUUGCUGAUUUAAAGAGAAAGGUCGAUUCUUUCUCACCGGGCGGAGUGUUCAUAUACACCGGAGAUUUGAAAUGGACGGUGGACUACGGCGGCGAGAGAGAAGACGGUGGUGGUUACAGCCCGGUUGAUCAUUUGGUUGCAGAAAUGGGGAAAUUGCUUUCUUGGUAUAACAACAGUAGUAGUAAUAGUACGAGGGUUUGGUUAUUGGGUACAGCGAAUUAUCAGACAUACAUGAAGUGUCAGAUGAAACAUCCACCGUUGGAUCUUCAUUGGAAUCUUCAGCCUGUUUCUGUACCAUCUUCUUCUGGUGGUUUAGGGCUGAGCCUCAAUGCUGCUGCCACAAGUGGUCUAGAUUCGAGAAUCGAAUUCCCGGACAAGAAGUCGUUUUGCGUCAAGGAGGAAGAACAAGAUGUGCUUCUCACUUGUUGCCCCGAAUGCACGUCGAGUUACGAAAGAGAAGCCGGUUUCAAGAAAUGUUUUUCGUCGAACUCGAUAGAUAAAGAUGCUGAGAAUGGUUCUUCCCAAUUGCCCUUUUGGCUAAAGAAACCGCAACCCGUCGAUACACUUGACAAGGAAAAUUUAGUUGAAUUGAGGAGAAAAUACAACAAAUUGUGCAAGAGUCUCCACCGAGGAAGCAAUAGUCCGAAUAAGUAUAACUACAACUAUCCCUCUUGGCCGAACAAGAAUAGCGUAUACACCGACCAUUCCGAAACUAUUUCGUUUGCUCAUCCAACGGCUAGUUCCUUGCCUAGGUUCAGAAGGCAGCAAUCUUGCCACAUCAACUUCACUUUCACCGACGAAACUUCCAAAAAUCAGACAGUGACUGAACCAAAUCUCGACUCCCUUAAAGGGGUGGAUGAAAAGGAGGUAAAAAUCACACUCGCCCUCGGAAAUUCGGCUUAUUCUUGCGCACCCACGGGUGACGUUUUUCAAGAAAACGUGCCUUGGCAAUCGGAAGCUAUCCCUUUAAUUCUCGAGGCAUUGGGUGAUUCGAAAGGGAUGAGUCGAGAUAAGUUUGUAUUGAUUGAAGGGAAUGACUUUGUUGGCAAGAGAAGAUUUGCUGUGAUGGUAGCGGAAUCCGUGUUUGGUUCUUCCGAUUUGCUUCUCUGCAUGAGCACGAGAAAGGGUUUGAAGAAUAAACGUGAAAUUAUCGACAAGGCAUUGAAGAAUCACGAAAAUCUCGUUGUUCUAGUCGAAGAUGCUGAUUUCGCAGAUUGUGAGUUUGCUGAGUUUCUUGAUGAAAGAUUUGAGAACGGAAAAUUGGAAACAGAGAAGAGGAGUGAUAAAGAAGAUACCGGUGGCCAUGCAAUGUUCGUCUUAACGACGGAUGGUGAGUCGAAUAAAGAAUUGGAUAAUGUAAUCCAGAUGAAACUCGUUAUCAACGAAUCCAAACAUAGUCCGGAUGAUAACCCUAAUCUCGAAAGCAAACGCAGAGCGAAAAUGUGGGAUUUGCCAAUAACGAGCAACAAGAGACAGAGGAGCAACGAGAUGGAGGAUGUAAAGAAACCCCUCGACCUCAACAUCGAAGCUGACGAGGACAGUGGCACUAUCGUACAACAACGCGAUUCGCCAACGCUUUUCCUUCUCGAAAAAAUCAAGAACCGCUUCGUAAUGAAUAGGGAUUCGGAUCAAGAAGUUCGUGCGAGAGAGAUGUUCUUGUCCAAAUUUGAACAAUCGUUUAAGGAUGUUAGUGUAAGUGGAAAUUUUGAUGUCGAGGAGAGGGUAUUGGAGGAAAUUUUACGAGGGUCGGGUUUCUAUCUCAAUAGCAUGUUCGACCGAUGGGUGAAAGAUGUUUUCGAGACGAGUUUACUUACGUUAGAUAACGGCGGUGAUCGGACGAUCGAAAGGGUUGUUAGCAUUAGGCUUUGUUUAGGAGAGAAGUGUGAAGAAGAUGGAUACAUGGGAACUUGUCUUCCUAAAAGUAUUUCAGUUUCUUUGUAACAUAUUAAUUCUCUCUUUUCUUUUUUUAUUUUUUUCUUGUUUUUAAAUUGGGAUGUAAUUAGUGGUUUCUAAUACUGUGACUGGUUUGUGUUUUCACAGCUUUUC